AUGAGCUCUCUUUCUCCUUCGUUUUUCGAGGUCGUGGACUAUACGCCCCCGGACGCUAUCUUCGAGCUCACAAAAACAUACAAUGCGGAUCCAGUUGCGCGCAAAGUAAACCUUGGGCAAGGAACAUACAAAGACGAAAAUGGCAACCCUUGGAUCUUGCCCGCGGUGCGAUCGGCAAAAGAGAAAAUCAAGGACUCCAACCAUGAAUAUCUCCCGAUCCUAGGGCUCCCCUCAUUUCGGACACUGGCUACAGAUUUGGUAUUUGGCAAGCAUUCUGCUGCAAUUCGUGAAGGCCGAGUCGCAUCCUGUCAAGCUCUGUCUGGUACAGGAGCACUCCACAUCGCCGGAACAAUGCUUAAGCAGGUGCUAGGUCGCGAUGCAACGGUGUAUAUAACCAAGCCUAGCUGGUCAAAUCACCGCCAGGUUUUCGAAUCAAUUGGCUUCGCAGUCCGCGAGUUCAAUUAUUCGUCUAGUGUCGGUGUCGACAUGCAAUCAUUGAUCCAAACACUGAACGAGGCAGCCCCAAAGUCCAUCUUUGUGUUUCAUGCCAGCGCUCAUAACCCAAGCGGCUGGGACUGCAGUCCAGAUCAAUGGAAACAGAUAGGUGCUAUUGUGAAGCAGCGGCAGCUAUUCCCUGUUUUUGACGCCGCGUACUUGGGGUUGACCUCGGGCGACUACGAUCAUGAUGCAUUUGCCAUCCGAUAUUUUGCCGAUGAGCUUGGUCUUGAGAUCGCGGUGUGUCUUUCUUUUGCCAAAAGCAUGGGACUUUACGGCGAGCGUGUCGGAUUAUGUGCGUUUUCAUCGAAUACUCCCACUAUCGCGGCUGCCGUCGAGUCAAGUUUGGCACGAAUGAUCCGUGUUGAAAUCUCUAACCCCCCUGCCUUCGGCGCGCGCAUCGUAGCUGCGAUUCUAGAAGACGAGGAGCUUUAUGCGCAGUGGCGGAAAGAUCUCGUCACGAUGAGUUCGCGAAUCGCGAAUAUGCGAUGGCAAUUGUACCAAGGGUUGACUGAACUUCGCACCCCUGGAGACUGGAAGCGCAUCACCGAGCAAAAGGGGAUGUUCUGCAUUCUCGGUCUCACACCGGAUCAAGUACACCAUUUACAAAAGGAAUACCAUAUCUAUAUGGCCGAGAGCUCGAGGGUAUCUAUAGCGGGGCUUAACGGGUCCAAUGUUCGGUAUGUCGCCGAAUGCAUAAAUCAGACAGUGAAGCGAUAA